CGGACAUAGAAUAGUCAUGUAUUUAAGAAGUUCCGGUUUACAUCCAUGUUCAGUGUAGGAAAACAUUUCUUUAAAGAAGUUCGUAUCGUUUCAUUAACUGCUUCUUUGGUUUUUGGUAAGAGACAUGUCGGACGUACCGAGUAAUGCUCCAGAACACUGCCCUGGGACCACCAGUGACAAUGCUGGAAAGGCGUCAGCCUGUCAGGGUUGCCCAAACCAGAAAAUAUGCGCCUCUGGAGCUCCGAAGGCUCCUGAUCCAGCCAUAGAGCAGAUUAAGGAGAAGCUGGUUACUGUGAAACACAAGAUUCUGGUUCUUUCCGGGAAAGGUGGAGUUGGGAAGAGCACGUUCAGUGCACAGCUAGGCCAUGGCCUCGCCAGUGACCCCUCCAAAGAGGUGGCUCUGUUAGAUGUGGAUAUCUGUGGUCCAUCCCUGCCAAGGAUAAUGGGACUGGAAGGGGAACAGGUACACCAGAGCGGCUCAGGCUGGUCCCCAGUGUACGUGGAGGACAACCUGUCUGUGAUGUCCAUCGGCUUCUUGCUCAGCAGCCCAGACGAUGCCGUCAUAUGGAGGGGUCCGAAGAAGAACGGGAUGAUAAAGCAGUUUCUUCGAGACGUAGACUGGGGUGAGCUGGACUACCUCAUCGUGGACACGCCGCCCGGCACAUCGGACGAGCACCUGUCCAUCGUCCAGUACCUGAGCGCCGCCGGCAUCGACGGCGCGGUCAUCAUCACCACCCCUCAGGAAGUUUCUCUCCAGGAUGUGAGGAAGGAGAUACGUUUUUGCCAGAAGGUCAAGCUUCCAAUUAUCGGCAUUGUGGAAAACAUGAGCGGCUUUGUCUGUCCCAAAUGCAAGAAUACGUCCCAGAUUUUCCCCCCAACAACCGGUGGGGCGGAGAAAAUGUGUGCAGACCUCAAUCUCCCCUUUUUGGGGCGUGUUCCUCUGGACCCGCGGAUAGGAAGAAGCUGUGAUGAGGGACGCUCUUUCCUGACCCAGGAGCCGGAGUCCCUGGCGGCCGUGGCCUACGAGAGAAUUAUCCAGAGCGUCAAGGACUACUGCUGGCAUCGUUCUCGAACACCCGGAAAUGCUGAUUAAAAGGAGCCUGUAACCCAUUGGAAGAGCUGGUGAACAUGCCUAAACCUGAGCGAAUGGGUCCAAAGCACGCAUUUAAUAUCACCUGCUUGAAUUAUUACAUAUAGGCGGCACGGCUUCUGAUAUCGUCUUGCCCUCUUGUGCUUUGCCUGAACUUUGGCCAGUUUAGGAGGAAUAAACAAACAAAGAAAGAAAUGAACAUGUCAACCACAAUGCACAAUUUUUGAUCACUUUCAAUGACCCACUGAUGACCUUUGUGGUUUUGUGAAUUUAUGCGUGAAAGUGAGAUGCUCGGUAUAAGGGAGAAUUGUGGUUAGGUUGGGUAAAAGCUGGGAUUAGACAUUUUCUACACCCAGGUCUACACCCAAGCAUAUGAAACAUGUAGGAAAAAUAUAUUGCUUAUUAGCAAUCAUCAUUUUAAUCAAAUAUCCACAAAGCUAUGCUUGUAUGCAGUAAUAAGAUGCCACUGCACUGUCCUAGGUGUUUUGGGGGGGAAGUGUGAGAAGACCAAGCCAAGAUAUUUUCAGUUUCUUUCUGAGCAUGAAAUGAUUUCAAACUGGUUUUAUUUUGUUCUCAAAGCUCUUAUGGAUUUACCUAUAAACUGGGAAUGCACCUGACUUUUCAGAUCAAUUAUUGUUUUGGCCUUUGCACUAUAUAGUCCCGUCAAAUUAUGUGUUCAAUCUCUGUUUUGAUGUGUAGUAAAACAACACCUUAUAAAUAAUAAAGAUUAUGGCCGAA